CAUUCUCGUGAUUGAGGGUUCGCGCUUUUUGUCAGAAUGAAUGACAAUAUAACUUUAGUAUUGCACCAUGGAGGAAGAUUCACUCCACGUGCCAGUGAUGGAAAGGUUGAAUAUAUAGGCGGAGAAUUUGACGUUUGGGAGGAUAUAUCUGCAGAUUGCCUGAAUGCAUUUAUCUUAUAUGAUCUGGUGAAAGCUUGUAAGAAGUAUAGUAAUAUAGGAGAAUGUUUUUGGUUGAUUGAUAAGGACUUAGAUUUUAAUCAUGGGUUAAGGAGUUGUACAACUGAUGGAGAUAUAUUACACUUAGUUAGGGAUGCUUUUGAAAAUGAGAAUGAGAUAAAUGUUUAUUUUCAUCAUGAAGUAGAUCCAAUUUUAGAAGAAGUCCCACAAAUGUUGCACUUGGAAUGUGAUCCAAUUCGAAAAGCUGUUGAGAAUGAGGAUGAUUUAGAUGAUGUACCUGUUGCUGGCCAUGAGGAAGAUGUUGGUGCUGGAGAGCAGAGAGAUGCUGGUGAGCAGAUGGAUGCUGGUAAGCAGAGGGAUGGUGGUGAGCAGAGGGAUACUGAUGCUGGUGAGCAAAGAGAUGGUAGUGAGCAGAGGGAUACUGAUGCUGGUGAGCAAAGAGAUGGUAGUGAGCAGAGGGAUGCUGAAGCUGGUGAGGAGAGAGAUGCUGAUGGUGAAGAGAGAGAUGUUGCUGAUAGUGAGGAGGAAAAGGAAGUUGACAAUGAUGAGACAGAUGCUGAGUGGUUUAUAAAUUUCUCUUGUAUGUUGAAUGAAGUUGAAGCUGAAGUUGAGACAGAUGGUUAUCAUUCAGAGGAGCUUAAUAUCCCCAUUAGUAGUGAUGAUGAAGAUGAGGAUGUUGAAGUUUAUCCUCAAUAUAGUCAAAGUAGUGGAGCUGGUGAACAGAAGUUGGAAUUAGGGAUGGAGUUUGGUACUCUAGAUGAAUUUAAAUCUGCCUUGAGGGAGUAUAGCAUAUUGAUGGGCAGGGAGUUCAAGUGGAAGAAGAAUGAUAAACAGAGGGCUAGAGCAAAAUGCAAGAAGGCAUUUUGUGAUUGGGAAAUCUACUGUGCAAAGAAUGAAGUUAGAAACUCUUUUCAGAUAAAGACAUUUAAGCAUAACCAUAAUUGCUGCAGAGAAGUGAACAACAAACAAGCAAAUAGACAGUGGGUGGUCAGUAAACUUGAGGGCAAACUCAGAAUGUAGCCAACCCUUAAAUGUGUUGAAGCUUUGGAAUAUUUCAAGCAAGAGUUUGGAGUGCACAUUGAAGUUACAAAGAUGUGGAGAGCCAUGAAAGAAGCAAAGCAAUUAGUGGAAGGGAAUGAGAGGAAACAAUAUGCCAAACUAUUUGAUUAUGCACAUGAAUUGUUGAGGAGCAAUCCUGGAUCAACAGUUAAGAUCAACACAGUGCCAAGUCCAGAAGGUCCACCACAAUUUCAGAGGCUAUAUAUUUGUCUUGCUGGCUGUAAGAAGGGGUUUGUUGCUGGAUGUAGACCAUUCAUAGGUCUAGAUGGAUGUUUCCUAAAGAGUGCAUUUGGAGGAAACUUGCUCUCUGCUGUUGGGCUUGAUGGCAAUAACCACAUCUAUGUUAUUGCUUAUGCUGUUGUGGACAUUGAGAACAAAGACAAUUGGAAAUGGUUUUUAACUUUGUUGCAUGAAGAUCUUGGGGAUUACAUACAGAAUGGGUGGAAUUUCAUGUCAGACAUGCAAAAGGGACUUAUUCCAGCUUUACAGGAAGUCAUGCCUGGUGCACCUCAUAGAUUUUGUGUCUUGCAUCUUUGGAAAAAUUUUACAAAGCAAUGGAAAAGCAAGGAACUUAAAGGAAUUGUGUGGCAAUGUGCAAAAUCCACUACUGUUGCUGAGUUUGAAGGCCAUAUGGCCCAUUUGAAGACAAUCAACUGCCAGGCUUGGGAGUAUUUGAAUAAAUGGCCCAAACAAGCAUGGACAAAAGCCCACUUCAGUACAAUACCCAAGGUGGACAAUAUAUGCAACAACACUUGUGAGGUAUUCAAUUCCAGAAUUCUGCAGUAUAGAUGCAAGCCUAUUAUCACAAUGCUUGAAGAAAUUAGAAGUUAUAUCAUGAGAACCAUGGCUGCCCGCAAGGUUAAACUUUCUGGAAAACCUGGACCAUUAUGUCCAGUGCAGUAUAAAAGACUAGAAAAAGAAUUCCAUUUUGCUAAUCAAUGGACUCCCAUUUGGUGUGGUGAUAACAUGGGCCUGAGAUAUGAGGUCCACAUGUGGGGGAAUAAGGUUGAGGUCAAUUUAGGUGAAUGGACAUGCACUUGUGGAGUAUGGCAACUAACAGGGAUGCCAUGCCGACAUGCCAUUGCAACAAUAACUCACAAAGGAGGGAAGCCUGAGGACAUGUGUCAUGAGUG